UUGACAUUUCACGCAGUUAGUUAGCACAAGGUUUCUCGGUGUACUGUACGCGGAGUACUCUGGAAAAAGUCAAAUAAUAAGUUGCCAUUUUAGAGAUUGCACAGACCGCUGAGAGAGGAUGUCUCAGGUACUGAGGCUCCUCUCGGUAGCUACUCAGCGUCUGUGUCGAGCAGAAGUGGUCCGGUUCUCAGCUUUCAAGAGACUGUGUUCCACAUCCAAGUACCGGAGCUCUGCUACCACGAAUUUUUCUACAACAAAACUCCUGUUGAAUCACAGGUUCCGCUUUGCUCAGCGGCGACUUUACUCCACAGAACCCAAAGAUGGAGGAGGAAAGAAAGGCGGUGGUGCAGGAAAAGACUGGUGGAGCCGAAUGCAGAAGGGAGAUGUUCCCUGGGAUGAUAGGGAUUUCCGUUACAUGGCCAUCACUGUGGCUGGAGUCGGUUCAACUCUGCUCUACUUCUACUUCAGAGACAGGGGCAGAGAGAUCACCUGGAAGGACUUUGUUCACCGGUACCUGAGCCGAGGCCUGGUGGAUCGGUUAGAGGUCAUUAACAAACAAUAUGUUAAGGUCAAUCUGGUACCAGGAACUGAGGUUGAAAAGGGCUACCUUUGGUUUAACAUUGGUAGUGUCGACACCUUCGAGAGAAACCUGGAGGCGGCUCACAUGGAGCUGGAGUUACCGCCAUCAGAACAGACUACGGUUAUCUACAGCACAGAGAGUGAUGGCUCUUUUCUUACCAGCUUUCUCCCUCCUCUGCUGCUAAUUGGUUUCAUACUAUUUAACAUGCGGCGAGGACCAAUGGGUGGAGGCACCAGGGGUGGGAGGGCUGGGCCCUUUAACAUGGGGGAGUCUAGAGCAAAAAUGAUAAAGGACAACAUCGAUGUGAAGUUUAAAGAUGUCGCCGGCUGUGAGGAGGCCAAAGUGGAGAUCCUGGAGUUUGUCAACUUCCUGAAGAACCCAAAGCAGUACAAGGACCUCGGGGCCAAAAUACCCAAGGGUGCAGUGCUGUCAGGACCUCCUGGAACAGGAAAAACACUGCUGGCCAAAGCCACCGCAGGUGAAGCCAACGUUCCCUUUAUCACUGUCAACGGCUCUGAGUUCCUGGAGAUGUUUGUUGGUGUAGGUCCAGCCAGGGUAAGAGACAUGUUUGAUAUGGCGAGAAAGAAUGCUCCCUGUAUCCUCUUCAUCGACGAGAUUGAUGCUGUAGGGAAGAAGAGAGGAGGUAACAUGGAUGGUCAGAGUGAGCAGGAGAACACACUCAACCAGCUGCUGGUGGAGAUGGAUGGGUUUAACACAUCGACUAAUGUGGUGGUCCUGGCUGGAACCAACAGACCUGACAUCCUGGAUCCUGCUCUAAUGAGACCCGGACGCUUUGACAGGCAGAUCUACAUUGGUCCUCCUGACAUCAAGGGCAGGGCGUCUAUCUUUAAAGUCCACCUUCGACCAAUCAAAGUCGACCCAGACCUGGACAAAGACAUUGUGGCUAGAAGGAUGGCUGCUGCUACGCCAGGAUUCACCGGGGCGGAUAUCGCAAACGUCUGCAACGAAGCAGCUCUGAUUGCGGCUCGGUACCUGCAUCCAUGUGUCAACAAUAAGCAUUUUGAACAGGCCAUCGACCGGGUCAUUGGAGGUCUGGAGAAGAGGACUCAGGUCCUUCAGCCCACAGAGAAGAAGAUCGUAGCCUACCAUGAAGCCGGCCAUGCUGUUGUAGGCUGGUUCCUGCAGCACGCAGACCCACUGCUGAAGGUGUCAAUCAUCCCCCGUGGUAAGGGUCUGGGUUACGCUCAGUAUCUGCCCAAGGAGCAGUAUCUGUACAGCAGGGAGCAGCUGUUCGACAGAAUGUGCAUGAUGCUGGGAGGUCGUGUGGCCGAGCAGGUCUUCUUCAGUCAGAUCACGACUGGAGCGCACGAUGACCUCAAGAAGGUCACUCAAUCGGCCUACGCUCAGGUGGUUCAGUUUGGUAUGAGUGAGAAGGUGGGACAGGUGUCGUUCGAUAUGCCCAGGCAGGGGGAGAUGAUUAUGGAGAAACCGUACAGCGAGGCGACGGCUGAGCUGAUCGACAGUGAGGUCAGAGAACUGGUGGACCGAGCGUAUGAGAGGACCAUGCAGCUCAUCCAGGACAAGAAGGACCUGGUGGAGAUGGUGGGGAAGCGUCUCUUGGAGAUGGAAGUUCUGCACAAAUCAGACAUGAUAGAGUUGCUCGGCCCACGUCCCUUUGAGGAGAAGUCAACAUAUGAGGAGUUUGUGGAGGGAACAGGGAGCUUUGAGGAGGACACUAGCCUCCCAGAAGGACUCAGAGACUGGAAUCAGGACAAAGAACCUGAAGCCGAGGAGAGAAACCAUGCUCAACAGGCAGUGUAGAAAAGACUUCUAUCGGAUAAGAAAAAAAAAAAAACUCUCUCGGACUCCUACUGAUUGAUGUGAAAUAUUUGCCUUUCUGACCAAAACCAUCAGUAAGGAACAUGUGAAGCAGAUUUCAAUUUUCAUGGAUUUUUUAAUUUAUUUUAUAAAAGGUAGUUUGACUUUGAGAAAGGAUAUUGAGAGGAGCAUAGAAACCCUUCUCUUUGAGUUGCUAUGCUUGCAUUUGAACUUUAAACAUUUAGCAAACAUGAUAAAUUAUUUUUUGUUAAAUGCUGCUGUGGAACACUUCAUGGUGCAGUGAUAGAAUUCCAUUGAUUUAAUUUAAUACAAUCUGGAUGCUGUCUAAGUAUGUUUAAAUGACUGAAGCUUUUGUUUCUGCCAAGGUAAAGUUUUGGAAGUUUCAGAAUGCUAGCUGAGGGCCAUAUUGAGACCUGCAGAAUCAUGUAGCAAUUUUAAAAAAAACAUUCUUUGCAUAUCUUUGGCUUCCUCAGGUUAGCUUCAAAAAUCAACUGAACCCUGUGUAGAGCCAGUGAUACCUGUUUAUGCAAAGAAGUUGGAUUGCAAGACAAUUCUUGGAGGUCAAUUCACUGUUAAUAAUAAUAAGCAACAAAAUGUACUGUAUGUUUGGGAAUUUGAGAAUCUCCAGUCAUAUGUUCAAACUGGGCAUCCUAUUCUAGAAAAGAUGCUAAUAAAACAACUUUUGUAACAUCAA